CCGCCCGCCCGCCCGACUACUAAUGCUUAGCUAAGCAACUCCACAAAUUCCCUUCCCGUCCUCCAGAGUCCUUGCUCGCCCACUGUCCCUCCACUUCCAAAUCGAUCUAGGGUUUCGCCCGCCAUGGACCCUCCGCCCGGCGCCGGCGCCGGCGACGGGAGGGCCGGCUUCGAGCGCGCCUGCCGCCUGCCCAACACCGUCCAUUCCGAGAUCGCCGCCACGCUGCCGCUCCCCACCCUCCCCGCCGCGCCCUCCCACGACCGCGACGAGCCCCUCGCCGAGCCCGACCGCCCCGACAUGAUCAUGCAGGCCGCCGCCAUCGCACGCAUACUCGCCAACACCGACAUCUCACACCUGGGAUUCACGGUGGCGGAUCACGCCGAGGCGGAUCCCAGAGACUGCUCCUUGCUCUGGACGGAGGUGCUCAAGCACAACCCCGACGCCUUCAAGUUCAAGCCCCGCGCACCUCCUCCUUCGCAAGGUCCCCUUGUUGGUCAGGAAUAUCUAAAUCAAGGACGCCAGAAGCAUUCUGAGCAUCUUGCACCUAACCUGAACAAAGCACGGAAGGAGCAUGCACUUCCUCCAGAUUUCAUCAAUUCACACCGAGAGGAUCAUCGUAAUGAAGUAACACCAGAUUCCGUUGCUUCAAGGAAACCAAAAGUAAGGAAGAAGGAAAUCGAUAAUUCUGCUUCGAGUUCUGGCCCGAGCAUUCCUAAUAGUCAAGAAGUCAUUGCCAACUUCCGUGAGCUGGUGGAGGACUUCUGUGGGAAAGCAGAAAUCCCUGAUAAUGCAGAUGGCGAUGAUUGGUUAUCAGUUCCACUGACUGAUGUUAAGGUUCUUGUAAAUGAGAUUACAUAUGUUCGAUCAAAGCAGCUGUUGCAUGAGACUCCUAUGGAUACACUUAUGAGUCUAUUGCAUGUGAUAGACCGUCAGAUCCGGUGUUCUCAAGGAUUAUCGAUAGACGUGAAAGAAAAUGCUGAUGCCAUAGAUGCUGAACACUUGGUUUUUUCUGCUCUGGAGUCCAUUCAUGCUGCGUUAGCAAUCAUGACCAACCGUGAUAUGCCAAAGCAGCUUUAUCGAGAAGAGCUUAUUGAACGAAUUAUUGAUUUCUCAAGACAUCAGAUAAUGGAUUGUAUGGCUGCAAGUAACCCAACCUUCCGAGCUCUCUACAAGCCAGCUGGAAAUGUCACAAAUGAUGAUCUAGGAGAUGAAGAUGAAGAAGACAUGGAAAAUGGACCAGCUAGCAAAAAGAGGCGUACUGCCUCUAAUUUAAGUGCGAGGAAAUCUUCUGCAAACAAAGUUUCUCCAUCUAUAAAGUCUGCUGUGCAGAAACUAUGCUUGAUAUUGGGCUUUCUUAAAGAACUACUCAUAACAGUGCGGUUAUCAGAUAGUUGUAUCCUGCAGUUAGUAAAAACCUGCUUUACUACAUUCUUGGUGGACAAUAUGCAGCUUUUACAAUUGAAGGCGAUCAGUGUUAUUUGCAUGGUUUUUUCAUCAUAUACGCAACACAGGAGUUACCUGGUUGAUGAAACACUUCAGCUGGUCCGUAAGUUGCAGGUCUCGAAAAAUGCUAUCAGAACUUACCAUCUAGCUGAUGAGGAACAAAAGCAAAUCCAGAUGAUAACAGCCCUGCUAAUUCACUUGGUUCAGUUCAGUGCAAAUGUGCCUGAUAGCUUAAAGGGACCUGUAAAUUGGAGCACAAUCAUUGAUGCCUCGGUUGAUGCUAGUUAUCCAAUUAGCUGCCAUGAAGCUGCAACGGAGGCUUGUUGCCUUUUCUGGACCAAUGUGCUUCAACGUUUUACUGCUGCUAAAACUCAAGAUAUGUCAGAGGCCAAAGGGAUUAUAGAAAAUCUUGUGCAGGAUUUGCUAACAGUACUAAACUUGCCUGAAUAUCCAGCUGCUGCCCCUAUACUCGAGGUUCUCUGUGUGUUGCUGCUUCAAAAUGCUGGAUUGAAAUCAAAGGACACCUCUGCUCGCUGCUUUGCUAUAGAUCUUCUUGGUGGUAUUGCAUCAAGAUUGAAGCGUGAUUCUGUUAUCUGUAGCAAGGAGAAGCUUUGGAUAUUGCAAGAACUUACUGAUACAGACAAUGAUAGCUCAAAAAUUCUGAAAAAUAAAUGUUGUGUUUGUCUUGGUGGAAGAGGUAUAAAUAUGGCAUGUGACACAUGUGGGAGAUGUUUCCAUGCAGAUUGUAUGGGGGCUUGUAGUCAGGAAAACUUACAGCCCGAUUCUGUCUGCCUCUUAUGCUUCUGCAAGCAACAGCUCAGUGUGUUACAGUCGUACUAUGAGCUUCAAAAUAAAGAAAAAAGCAAAAGAACAUCUACCUCACAUAAGAAAAAAUCUGCUACACCUGAUGAGGUGACAGUGGUGGAUACUGUUCAACAGAUACUUUUGAAUUAUCUCCAGGAAGCUGGGCCGCAAGAUGAUGGGAACCUGUUUUCUCGAUGGUUCUAUCUCUGCAUGUGGUACAAAGAAGACCAACAUUCUCAGGAGAAGAUUAUCUAUUAUCUUUCCAGGUUGAAAUCUAAGGAGAUUCUGCGAGAUUCUGGCACUGGCUCAGUACUAUCUAGAGACUGGGCUAAGAAAGUUUGCUUGGCACUUGGCCAGAAGAACUCAUUUUCUCGGGGAUUCGAUAAAAUUCUUUCCCUCCUUUUGGCUAGCUUGAGAGAAAAUUCUCCGGUAAUAAGAGCAAAGGCCUUACGAGCGGUCAGCAGUAUUGUUGAAGCUGAUCCUGAGGUAUUGGGUGACAAGCGUGUCCAAUCUGCUGUUGAAGGAAGGUUUUGUGACUCCGCUAUUUCUGUUCGUGAAGCUGCACUCGAGCUUGUUGGAAGGCAUAUUGCUUCACACCCUGAUGUGGGCUUGAAGUAUAUUGAAAAAGUCGCUGAACGGAUAAAGGACACUGGAGUAAGUGUUCGCAAACGUGCAAUCAAAAUUAUCCGUGAUCUCUGUGCUUCAAAUCCCAAUGCAGAUACAACUAAUGCGUUUGUGGAGAUUAUUUCGCGUGUUAAUGAUGAUGAAUCAAGUGUACAGGAUCUUGUAUGCAAAACAUUUUAUGAGCUAUGGUUUGAUGAACCUUCUGGGAGUGAUAAACACUUGGUUGCUGAUGGUAGUUCAGUUCCUAUGGAGAUCGCAAAAAAGACUGAGCAAAUUGUUGACAUGUUGAGAAAGAUGCCAAGUCAUCAACCCCUCGUUACCAUCAUAAAACGCAGUUUGACUCUUGAUUUCCUCCCACCGUCAAGUAAGGCCACGGGCAUUAGCUCAUCCAUGAUGGCCUCACUUCGUAAGCGUUGUGAAUUGAUAUGCAAACGCUUAUUAGAAAGGAUAUUGCAGGUUGAGGAGGGAGCUGAUAAUGAGACAAAAAUCCGCACGCUUCCUUAUGUUCUUGUUUUGCAAGCAUUUUGUAUUGUGGAUCCUACGCUCUGCACUCCAGUAACCGACCCUUCUCAGUUUGUGGUGACACUUCAACCAUACCUUAAGAAUCAGGCUGACAGUAAAUCAACUGCCCAGUUACUUGAAAGUAUAAUUUUUGUGAUUGAUGCUGUUAUUCCACUCAUUCGAAAGCCACCACAAACUGUGGUAGAAGAACUUGAGCAGGACCUGAAGCAGAUGAUAGUUCGCCACUCUUUUUUGACGGUUGUACAUGCCUGUAUCAAAUGUCUUUCUGCCCUUAGCAACGCAGCAGGCAGAGGCCCGAGGUUGUUGGAGUACCUUGUUAACAUUUUCUACAAGCAUCUGUCUAGUUCUAGCUCUGAUAGUCAGCUGCUGGGUCGAUCAUUGUUUUGUCUUGGCCUGCUCCUUAGAUAUGGUUAUAAACUGUUGGUGGCAUCAGAGAACCAACUUGAUUUCCCAAAGAUUCUUGAUUUGCUUAAAAGAAGAUAUCUUUACAAGGAAGAUUUCAGCUUAAAGGUUCGAGCUUUGCAGACUUUGGGAUACAUACUUAUUGCAAAGCCUGAAUUUAUGCUACAGACAGAUAUUUUGAAUCUAAUAGAGGCAUCAUUAUCUUCUGGUGUCGAUUAUAGGAUGAAGAUUCAAGGAUUGCAAAACCUUUAUGAGUAUCUCCGUGACGCGGAAAGCCAACUCACAGCUGAUAGUACCGGCAAGCCUAAUGUACCCUAUGCAACUAAUGGUGGAAGUGAAGUGCCUGUUGCUGCUGGUGCGGGAGACACCAAUAUAUGCGGUGGUAUUAUCCAGCUGUAUUGGAAUUCUAUUCUUGAAAGGUCCCUGGAUACAAACGAUCAAGUUCGACAGGCUGCACUAAAGAUUGUUGAAAUUGUUCUUCGCCAGGGUUUAGUUCACCCCAUUACUUGUGUUCCACACCUUAUAGCACUUGAAACUGACCCGGUGGAGGGGAACUCAAAAUUAGCUCAUCAUCUGCUGAUGAAUAUGAAUGAAAAGUAUCCUUCAUUUUUUGAAAGCCGCCUAGGUGAUGGCUUGCAAAUGUCAUUUAGGUUUUUCGAGGCCAUAGUCAGCAACCAUAACAUGGUGGCAACCAACAUGAAAGCAAAUCCAAUUGCAUUUGUUAAACCUGGCAUAUCUAGAAUAUACCGUCUUAUCCGAGCAAAUAGAAAUUCUAGAAACAAAUUUGUACACUCAAUAGUGCGCAAAUUUGUAUCGGACAACCGGAGUUACCCCACAAUCGGCUUUCUUGUAUACUGUGUUGAAGUUCUUGCGUCACUCCCCUUCACAUCUCCUGACGAACCGCUUUACCUGGUCUAUGAUAUAAAUCGACUUAUUCAAAUUAGAGCUGGAGCAAUCGAGUCUAAUUUGAAGAAUUGGACUACCAUGGAUCAGCAGCAAGAUGUGGUGGGUAUCCCGAGAUACAUUGGUGAUGUUAUGCAUGAGCCUGGCGACACUGGUGAUGUUAUGCAUGAGCCUGGGGACACUAGUGAUGUUAUGCAUGAGCCUGUGGGCUACUCUGAUCAGAACCUGGCAGAUAUUCCUCAAACGAUGCUUAACAAUUCGUGCAGCACGUCAGGUGUGGACAUGGUCAAACUUCAGGAAGAUUGCCAUAAUGCGAUAGCUCUCCAGCUCCUUCUCAAACUGAAGAGACAUUUGAAAAUUGUCUACAGUUUAACUGAUGCUCGCUGUCAGGCAUUUUCUCUGAAGGAUCAAGCAAAAUCUGUUGAAGUAAUCUCCAAGCAGAAUAUCCCACUUAACAUUAACAACACCAACACCAGUUUGCCGAGCUCCCUCCAGGAUGCAGCGCGUGUAUACCAGGAUUUCAAGACAUUGCUGCGAGAAGAUUCCAUGGACUAUGUAAUGUAUACUGCGGAGACGGUCCAGAAGAAGCGGCCAACUCCAAGAAGUGCGUCAAAAGUUAGGAGGCCGGUGGCUCCUGUGGCUGUUAGAAGAGGCCGUGGUGGUCGUGGUCGUGGUGGUGACGACGAUGACGACACUGACGAUGAUGACUGGACUGGUGGGCCGAGGGUGCUAGAGUUUGGCGCUCAGGCAGUGACAGGUGGCCGAGUAACGAGGCAAAGGGUCCAAGUAUGACUGGUACUGAUUGGCCCUCUGUACAUUGUAGGAAAGAUUAUAGGUGACUGCCAGGGGAUUUAGGUCGUUGUGUAGGGCUCAUUACCAUUACCAGUGGUAGUACUAGUAUAGUACAUAGAAGCAGAAAGGGAAGAUAGCCUUACCAAUUUAGAUGCCACUAAUUUGGAGCACUCCUUUCUAGCUGUGUGCCCAUUUCAUUUUGUUUGUAAUUUUGCCGGGCUUUGGCAAAUACUACUACGAACAGGUUGUGCUCCGCUCUCUGAUUCAUUGGAAAAAAAGAUAGAAAGAAAGGGUUUCAUUGCUUUC